AUGCCAAGAGGAUCAACAGUAACAACCUGCGUGAGCUGCAAAGCAGCUAUUGGUGUGGCCACCAAGACCUGCAAAUAUUGCCAGUCAGUACAGCCAAGAAAGCAAAGACUGGCAAAAAAACUCCAGAAAUUUGAGGCCAGAAAGGAGACAUGGUUGAAAAACCAAAACAAAAACCAAACCACCUCUCAUGUUAUUGAUGAGGCAUCUGUCUUGGUCGAAAAGUUAAACACAUUGGGGUACAAGGCCAUAGUCUUCAUUGCAAAGAAAACAAAGAAGCAAAAAACCUGGUCCGCACAAGUCCUCCAGCCAAAAUGGCAGCUGUCAGACCAUUCUAAAAAAUGCCUUGACAGGAUGAAGGCUCUAUAUGAAGUUUUAAUUAAUAGUAAUCCUCCCAUCCAGCCCACCACCGGUCCUCCCAUCCAGCCCACCACCAGUCCUCUUCUCAUCCAGCCCACCACCGGUCCUCCCAUCCAGCCCACCACCGGUCCUCCCAUCCAGCCCACCACCGGUCCUCCCAUCCAGCUCACCACCAGUCCUCCCAUCCAGCCCACCACCAGUCUUCCCAUCCAGCCCACCACCAGUCCUCCCAUCCAGCCCACCACCGGUCCUCCCAUCCAGCCCACCACCAGUCCUCCCAUCCAGCCCACCACCGGUCCUCCCAUCCAGCCCACCACCAGUCCUCUUCCCAUCCAGCCCACCACCAGUCCUCCCAUCCAGCCCACCACCGGUCCUCCCAUCCAGCCCACCACCGGUCCUCCCAUCCAGCCCACCACCAGUCCUCUUCCCAUCCAGCCCACCACCAGUCCUCCCAUCCAGCCCACCACCGGUCCUCCCAUCCAGCCCACCACCAGUCCUCUUCCCAUCCAGCCCACCACUAGUCCUCCCAUCCAGCCCACCACCGGUCCUCCCAUCCAGCCCACCACAGAACCACCUCAGCAGAAACGCAAUUGUAACCAUGGAAUCCUUGAAAAGGAGCCUUACUACCCAGUGAAGAGGGUGAUCCGCUGCAAAAUGCAGAAGGUUCCCAGCAAACAUUGGUCCGACGGCAACGUCGUGUCCCUGGCCAAAAAUAGUUGCGGCCAGGACGUCAUAAAUCGGUAA